AUGAAGGUUCAGAAAGAGAAACUGCAUGCAGAGCUGAAACAGGUGCUGAGUCUGAAGAGAAGUCACCUGAAAGAGUCGUCUCGUUUGGCCCAAGCAGAGAUGGAUUCUUCAACAGACGCCCAAGCAGUGGAGGAGACUGCAUCUGAGGAGGUGGAGGUUGUGGUAGAGACAGAGGCUGAGGCUGGAGCCAGUGGCUACAGUGUCACAGGUGGAGGGGAGCGAGGCCUCUUCAUUAAGGACGUCCUUAAAGACUCCACUGCAGCAAAGCAUCUUAGCCUCCAGCAAGGAGAUCAGUUGCUCAGUGCAAGAGUCUACUUUGACAAUGUGAAGUAUGAGGAUGCCCUGAAGAUCUUGCAGUGUGCAGAGCCUUAUAAAGUCUCCUUUUUCCUGAAGAGGACCAUCGCCGGCGCUGAUGUCACCAUGCACCCUGGCACCACCAGCAUGGAACUGAAAGGACCCAAAACCAAGAUGCAGAAAAUGGUACGGCUAUGA